GACGUGGUCAUUAAGGUCCAGUCACUGUCGCCGAAAUCAAUAGCCGAACUUUCAGUUUCAGUUUCCAAUUCUCACGUUUUCCCAAGGAAGGCAGUGGAUUUUGAGAACAUUUGAUAUAAAGUGUAUAUUGUUGCAUGUGGUUGAGCAAUAAUUCAAUUUCCACAAUAGACAAGUCAGACCUUACUUUGAUUUUAGCUUUAGCCAAAUAAGAGGCGUUAAGACAUUGACUUCAACAGAGGGUGUAUAUUCGGGACAGCACAGCAAUGGGCGUUAAAACCUAAGGAUGGAGAUCUGGCUGAGCCCCAACCACCGACUCCCCUGCCGCGAUCUCCGGUAGUGUCUUGGGCAAAAUGCAUUGUAUUUACCGAGCACCUAUCCAAAUACUACAGUCUCCUCAAGAGAGCGAAAACCCGGAUCGCAACGAAUUGUUUGUGCGUGCUUGACAGUAAUUGGAGGCAUCAAUGACUUCUUUAGCAAAGACCUUCUGAUGGAAUAGCAUUACCUGUUACCUACGUAAGGAAACCUUACAACGUCCGUUUUGUCACUCGAUUCCUUGUCUAAGUAUAAGGAAUGUUUGGUAUACAGAAACGAAGGCUGUUUGGUGUUCUUUCAUUACCGGUAAUUGUGGCUGUGAUGUGCUGUGCUCAAAGCGCCAAAGAACCAGGAAACAUGUCUUUUGUCAAAGAGACAGUAGACAAGCUGUUGAAAGGCUAUGACAUUCGUCUUCGACCAGACUUCGGAGGUGCACCGGUGGCGGUUGGGAUGAGCAUCGACGUGGCGAGCAUAGAUAUGGUGUCUGAGGUCAACAUGGAUUACACGUUGACCAUGUAUUUCCAGCAGUACUGGAGGGACAAGCGGCUAGCAUAUUCUGGCAUUCCUCUCAAUCUCACCCUAGACAACAGGGUAGCUGACCAGCUCUGGGUUCCUGACACAUAUUUCCUAAAUGACAAGAAGUCUUUUGUACAUGGUGUCACAGUGAAGAACCGCAUGAUCCGUCUGCACCCAGAUGGCACAGUUCUUUAUGGAUUAAGAAUCACCACCACUGCUGCUUGCAUGAUGGACCUGAGAAGGUAUCCAUUAGAUGAACAGAAUUGCACUCUGGAGAUAGAGAGUUAUGGAUACACAACAGAUGAUAUCGAGUUUUACUGGAAGGGAGGAGAAAGUGCAGUGACGGGUGUGGCCCGAAUAGAGCUCCCACAGUUCUCCAUUGUGGACUACAAACUUGUCUCCAGAAAUGUUGUCUUUUCCACAGGUGCCUAUCCUCGACUGUCUUUAAGCUUCAAGCUAAAGAGAAACAUCGGCUAUUUCAUCCUGCAGACCUACAUGCCCUCAAUCCUGAUCACCAUCCUGUCCUGGGUAUCCUUCUGGAUCAACUAUGAUGCCUCAGCAGCCAGAGUGGCAUUAGGUAUCACAACUGUGCUGACCAUGACCACCAUCAACACCCAUUUGAGAGAAACACUUCCGAAGAUCCCAUAUGUCAAAGCCAUAGACAUGUAUCUGAUGGGCUGCUUCGUCUUUGUCUUCUUGGCUCUGCUGGAAUAUGCUUUUGUCAACUACAUUUUCUUUGGACGAGGCCCUCAGAUGCAGAAGAAAUUGGCUGAGAAAGCUGAGAAAGCAAAUAACGACCGCAACAAAUACGAUGGCAACAAGUCUGUUCAGGAAGGAGGCAAUUGCAAGCCAUCAUCCGUUAAACAGUCCAAUCAGGUACAAGGCCACCGUCACUCAGGAGGGGUGGACUCCCAGGGAAACAUCCUUCUGACCACCCUGGAGAUACACAAUGAGGUGGCUGGGAACGAGAUCACCACCAGCGUCAGCGAGGCCCGAAAUUCCACUUCGAUGGUGUUCGAUAACUCAGGGAUCCAGUAUCGGAAGCAGAGCACAGCGCGGCCUGAGACAGGCCGCCACAGCCUGGACAGGAACGUGCAGUCCAAGAAACCGCGGCUACGCAGGCGUUCUUCCCAGCUCAAAAUCAAAAUCCCCGACCUCACAGAUGUGAAUGCCAUCGAUCGAUGGUCACGGAUAAUAUUUCCCUCUGCUUUUUCUCUUUUCAACUUGAUCUACUGGCUGUAUUACAUCAAUUAGACCUCAGAUGUCAAUGGGUUUUUCCCCCUUCACAAUCAUUUUUCAUGUUGCCAAGUGAAAAAAUAAGACUUCUUUUUGCUCUAAGGGACACACUUGUGCACCAUAUGUACAGUAUCAAGAAUUUUCUACAUUUUAACCCUUGCAGUGUUCUCAAGGGAUCCAAUGGAAUGCUACCUGCACUAAAACUGGCCAUCUCAAAUGCCCAUGACCACACAUGUAUACUCAAACAUUGUACUCAAACAAGACAUUUGUUGAAAUUUUAAAGCCACAGGACUUCCGCAUGAUGCACUCAAAGCUGUUUUUAAUUUGUACAAUCUGGAUAUAAAGUUAUGUAUUGCUUAUUCAUAUUGAGAGAUGCUAUUUGCAAAUGUUUCAUGCCAAUAAAUCUUUAUUGUCUGAGCACAGGAGAUUAUUAUUGAAAGAGCAUUAUAUUGUGGAAAUGCAACAUAAUGAGGGCUGCAGGACCAAUUACAUAUUUUGUUUCAGAGCUUGCUUCUUAAACACAAGCUCUACUAAAAUUUACACUCUGCUGUUAUGAUCUUAUUUAUCAAAGUUUGUAUAUAAUCAUGUAAUGAUAUGCUUUUGGAACUUGAUUUCCAUCUGCCUUGGGUUGAUAUGAUUAUAUGCCAAUUUUUGUAAUCAUCAUGUAAAGUGCUUCAGUACAUGUAAGGUAAGAUAAUAAUUGUACACUCAUCAUAUUUCAAUUAUAUCAAAAAGAGAUUAAAAAAAAAUAAAAUAAAAAUAAACACUGGAAAUGUGGAAUAUUUCAAUCAGGGCCUGCAAAGGAUUUCCAUGAUGUUGGCAUAAGUAUUAUAAGAUACUAUCAUCAAACAUAAAAAUAUAAAUAGACAAACAUUUCUGAUAUUUUGUUUCAGAUUUGUUGCUUUUUUCUUUUCUUCUUUUAUUUUUAUUUUUAUUUUAUUUUGUAUUUUUUUGUUAGUAGAUGUAGAUGGUAGAUUUUCAUUAUUACUCAUUGCAAGGUUUGGAUGUGUUUCUCCCUGUUUCUUUUUUUUUUGUUUUUGUUUUUUUUAGAAUGCUUGAGUCAUUAUUUUAUUAAGAUAUUGUUGGCCUUAUGCAAACAUCGCAUGGCCCAUUCAAUGCUUGUUUGGCUGAACACAUUUUGGGGAGGGUUAUUUUAGGUGAAGAUUAAUGGAAAAGCUCCUACUGCAUUUAAGAUAAUUGUACGUUGACAUCAAUACACAACUUGUCUCAGGUUCUCCCUCUACAACAUAAAAAUAGAUCCGUAUUUCGUAUUUUUCUGAUUGUCAGCAUUCACAUCAUAUUUGUUGAAAUAAUUUGUAUUAUAUGCUUGUGUACAGCAACAAUGAUUGAAUAGCAGAUUUUUCUUGAUAUUGAGAGAGCAUGAUAUUGUUUGCAUUUAAAGGAUCUACACUGAUUGUAUUCAAUUUUGUUUGGGAGACUUCUUUACCACCAUGCAGUCUUUAUAAGCACUUUCCAAUUUUCAGGGGCCGAAAACCUUGCUGUCUGGUUAGAGAGUAAUGUUAUAUAUUCAACUCAUGCUUGCAUACCAUCUAAAUAUAUUUAUAAAUCUCUUUAAAAUAUUCUGUGUGUGCUGUUAACAUGUCAUUUUGACAGGUUGCUUUGCAGUUACAUUGUGUCAGUAGAUGCUCAUUAAUACUUUACUCGCUUCUCUUGCCUCUUCUAUUGUAUGUUGUACAUAUUUAACCCACAAUCCAGAUGUGUGACUCUUUUCUUUCUCUUCUUUUUCUUUUUCUAAUUUUCUGUUUUGAGAUUUUAUGCUAUACAGUCCACCCCACAAAUCACCAGAUGACUAUUUAUGGAAUAUGUUUCAAUAAUUAGAUAAAUGAGGGGUGAAUGUCCAGAGGACAAUAUGAGGAAAUUUAAUAAACUUUACUCUUUCAA